CCGCCGCCGUCCACCAUGCUGAAGCCGCAGCCGCCGCAACAGACGCCCCCGCCGCAGCCGCCGCUCCCCGCGCAGCAGCAACAGGCCGCGGCCCGCCGGCCUCCCGGGGGCAGCAGCCCGCCCAACGGCGGCCUCCCGGGGCCCCUGAUCGCCGGCGCCGCCGCCGCCUCGGCCGCUCCCGGGCCGCCCGCCGCCGUGUCCGCGCCCUGCCUGGGGCCGCCCGCCGCCGCCGCCCUCGCCGCCGCCGCGGCCGGGAGCGGGCUCCGCCGCGGCCCCGACGCGCUCUUGGCGCCGCAGCCGCCGCCGACCGCGCCGACGCCGGCAGCGCCGCAUCCCGAGAGGCCGGGGGCCGCGGCCGUCGGCAGCGCCAGGGGGCAAAGCACUGGAAAGGGUCCCCCACAAUUACCGGUGUUUGACGGUGUCUACAACAAUUCCAGAAUGUUGCAUUUUCUUACAGCUGUAGUGGGCUCUACUUGUGAUGUAAAGGUGAAAAAUGGUACCACGUAUGAAGGUAUCUUCAAAACUCUUAGCUCUAAGUUUGAACUAGCAGUCGAUGCUGUGCACCGGAAAGCAUCUGAGCCAGUGGGUGGCCCUCGUCGAGAAGAUAUUGUAGAUACCAUGAUAUUCAAGCCAAAUGAUGUCAUGCUCGUGCACUUCCGAAAUGUUGAUUUCAAUUAUGCUACUAAAGACAAGUUCACUGAUUCAGCCAUUGCCAUGAAUUCGAAGGUGAAUGGAGAGCAUAAAGAGAAGGUGCUUCAGCGCUGGGAGGGGGGUGACAGCAACAGUGAUGACUACGACCUGGAAUCUGAUAUGUCCAAUGGAUGGGACCCCAAUGAAAUGUUCAAGUUCAAUGAGGAGAACUACGGUGUGAAGACCACUUAUGAUAGCAGUCUCUCUUCUUACACGGUGCCCUUAGAAAAAGACAACUCUGAAGAAUUUCGUCAGCGGGAGCUACGUGCAGCCCAAUUAGCUCGAGAGAUUGAAUCCAGCCCCCAAUAUCGCCUGCGGAUUGCCAUGGAGAAUGACGAUGGGCGCACUGAAGAGGAAAAGCAUAGUGCAGUCCAGCGCCAGGGUUCUGGGCGGGAGAGCCCCAGCUUGGCAUCCAGGGAAGGAAAAUAUAUCCCUCUACCCCAGCGAGUUCGGGAAGGUCCAAGGGGAGGAGUUCGAUGCAGUAGUUCUCGGGGUGGCCGGCCUGGACUUAGCUCCUUGCCACCUCGUGGCCCUCACCAUCUAGACAACAGCAGCCCUGGCCCAGGUUCUGAAACACGCGGUAUUAAUGGAGGCCCUUCCCGCAUGUCUCCUAAGGCACAGCGGCCUCUGAGAGGUGCCAAGACACUGUCUUCACCCAGCAGUAGGCCUUCUGGAGAAGCUUCUGUUCCACCACCUCCUGCAGCUCUCCCUUUUCUUGCAGUGGGCCGGAUGUACCCGCCUCGUUCUCCCAAAUCUGCUGCCCCGGCCCCAAUCUCAGCUUCCUGUCCUGAACCUCCAAUUGGUUCAGCAGUACCAACCUCUUCAGCUUCCAUCCCUGUAACAUCAUCGAUCGUGGAUCCCGGAGUAGGUGCCAUUUCCCCGGCAUCUCCAAAGAUCUCACUGGCCCCCACAGAUGUGAAAGAACUACAAGCCAAGGAAUCUGGUAGAACUCUGGAGUCCCAGGAAUUGUCUCGGAUAGCUGGAAAAGUCCCUGGUAUUCAAAAUGAACAAAAACGCUUUCAGUUGGAAGAGCUGAGAAAGUUUGGGGCUCAGUUUAAGCUUCAAUCCAGUAGUUCCCCUGAGACCAGUUUGGAUCCUUUUCCUCCUCGGAUCUUAAAGGAAGAGAUCAAAGGGAAGGAGAAGGAGGUUGAUGGACUGUUGACUUCAGAACCUAUAGGAUCUCCAGUCUCCUCCAAGACAGACUCUGUAUUGGAUAAGGAGGAUAAACCACCUUUGCCAUCAGCUGGAGGCACUGAGGGGUCAGAACAACCCCCACCACCUUGCCCAAGCCAGACCGGCAGCCCCCCAGUGGGCCUUAUCAAGGGAGAUGACAAGGAUGACGGCCCUGUUGCUGAACAAGUGAAGAAAUCAACAUUGAAUCCUAAUGCCAAGGAGUUUAAUCCUACAAAGCCUCUGCUUUCUGUGAAUAAAUCCACUAGUACCCCAACUUCUCCGGGACCCCGGACUCAUUCAACUCCUUCCAUCCCGGUGCUGACAGCAGGCCAGAGUGGACUGUAUAGCCCCCAGUACAUUUCCUACAUACCUCAGAUCCACAUGGGACCAGCUGUUCAGGCACCACAGAUGUAUCCAUAUCCUGUAUCCAACUCAGUGCCUGGACAGCAGGGCAAGUACCGGGGAGCAAAAGGCUCCCUGCCCCCUCAGCGCUCGGACCAACACCAGCCAGCUUCAGCACCUCCAAUGAUGCAGGCAGCAGCUGCUGCUGGUCCACCUCUGGUGGCUGCCACUCCUUACUCUUCUUACAUCCCUUACAACCCACAGCAGUUCCCAGGCCAGCCAGCCAUGAUGCAGCCUAUGGCCCACUAUCCCUCACAGCCGGUGUUUGCCCCCAUGCUUCAAAGCAAUCCACGCAUGCUGACUUCUGGGAGUCAUCCCCAGGCCAUUGUGUCCUCCUCUACUCCUCAAUACCCUUCUGCAGAGCAGCCCACUCCCCAAGCCCUUUAUGCCACUGUUCACCAGUCCUAUCCACACCAUGCCACACAGCUCCAUGCUCACCAGCCGCAGCCGGCCACCACACCUACUGGGAGCCAGCCACAGUCCCAGCAUGCGGCCCCUAGUCCUGUCCAGCACCAGGCGGGGCAGGCCCCACACCUGGGCAGUGGACAACCACAGCAGAAUCUGUACCACCCAGGGGCCCUGACAGGCACACCGCCUUCUCUGCCACCGGGACCUUCUGCCCAGUCCCCUCAGAGCAGCUUUCCCCAACCAGCCGCUGUGUAUGCCAUCCAUGCUCAUCAGCAGCUGCCCCACGGCUUCACCAAUAUGGCCCAUGUUACCCAGGCCCAUGUCCAAACUGGAAUCACAGCAGCCCCGCCCCCUCACCCUGGGGCUCCCCACCCGCCCCAGGUGAUGCUGCUGCACCCACCCCAGAGCCAUGGGGGCCCCCCCCAAGGCGCGGUGCCCCAGAGUGGGGUGCCUGCACUAUCAGCUUCCACACCCUCACCCUACCCCUACAUCGGACACCCCCAAGGUGAGCAGCCCGGCCAGGCGCCUGGAUUUCCAGGAGGAGCCGAUGACAGGAUUCUAUGUAGGGUGGGCAGAAGCCACAGUCGCCGCCGCCAGGGGCUUGCUCCUGGCUCUGUCCUUUGCUUCCCUCCGUCCUCGCUCAGUUGUGAUCCAGCAGCCCCCCUCCCCACUGCCUCCCCAGCUCUCAGUGACCCCGACUGUCUCCUGACUUAGCCGAGGUAAGGUCAGCGCAGCAGACAGGGCCAGGCUGGGGUGUGGGGGGCUGAGCUGGGCACAUAAGUAAGGGCACUGGCUCACUGGGAAACAGCGAUUGAUCUGUGCUUCUGACAGCCCCCUGAGACACCUUGAAGAGACCGCUCCUGCCCCAACGCCCCGCCCCGCCCCACCCCACUGGACGACUUUGUGUGAAGGGACAGCUGCUUGGGUUCUAAUGCUCCUGCUCUCUUCUCUUUCCCCUCCAACCAGUUCAAUCUCAUCCCUCCCAGCAGCUCCCCUUCCACCCCCCGGGGAACUGAAGAUUGUCCUGGCCGCGACCUGAGACCUCCAUGAGUGGAGGGAAGAGUGAUCUAUGUCUCUUCCCCCAGCAGUUCGGACCAUUCCCAGCCUCCCAAUUCCCCCUUUCCCCAGGGGAGCUGGGGAAUUCUUGUCAAGCACCUUGAAUGGGAGGGGCCUCAAAGUGGGCAGGGCCAGGGUCCAGCGGGGGUAGGGGGGUUCCUUCUCUGCCCCUACCUGUCUCCCCCAUCUUGCCCUCCCAUCCUCAACUAUUUCCCCGCUGGAGACGGAAGAUCUUUUAUUUUCUAUUAUUUAUAACCUCAAACUUGGGCCCCCUGUUCUUUCUUUCCCAUUAACUUGAGUGAUCUGCGUGAGAGACAGACAUGCCCCACAAGGAUGGUUGGACAAGGACUUUUACUUUUUAUUACAUAAAAAUAUUAAAAAAAAAUAAAAAAAAUAAAAUUUUAAACUAACUUAA